AAUUUCAUGAAUUAUGUGAUGAUAUAUCUAAUACUGUUACAUUCAUUAAAGUAAAAGGGGAAAAUGAAAUUAUUGGUGGAUAUAAUCCUUUAAAAUGGAUAUCUUCAAGUCUAUCUUGGCAUAAAACUGAUGAAAGUUUUAUUUUUUCUUUUAACAAUAAGGAUAUUAAUAAUGCAAUAAUUAGUGAUAUAGAAAAUACAAAUUUUGCAUUGUAUAAUAACUAUCAAUAUGGUCCACAUUUUGGCGAUAUUACUAUAUAUAGUUCUAAUCGAUCUUCAGAUUAUAAUAAUAUUUACUAUAAAAAGCAAAAUUAUAAAAAGAGGAUAAGAGAUUCUGAAAGUAAUUUUUAUAUAGAAGAUUACGAAGUAUUUCAAAUCGUAAAGUGCUAGUUUUAUGAGACAAAUAAAUUCCUAUUAUCAUAAGAAUUCGA